GUCAAUGCUCGUCCUCGUGUGGCUCUACUGCGCGCUCUCGUAACCAUGUCGCCAUUUUGAUUCGAAAAAUAUGACUGAGUUUUUCCUGCUUUGCAUGCUAAACUUAGCUUCGCGUUUGAAUUACUUUGUGCGUGAGUACGAACCAUACCCUUUCUCUCUCUGAAAUACGAGGCAUUGCUAUUAACGUGAAGUCGCCGUUAAUGUCGGGGCGCUGUUCAAUUGACAGACUUCUGAGCUACAUUUUGGACUAACGUUAGCUAAGUUGAGCUAACGUUAGCUAACAGCAGCCUGUGCUGUCGCAGACUGACCCCUUCUUCAAAACAAAUCACUCACGGGCUGAUGUGUGCUAGCGGAUAGUUAGCUGGAUAGCUGGCUGCUUGACGAAAAAAAACUCCCAACAACAACCUAGCACAGACAGAAAAGGAACAGCGGAGGACUUUAAAAAUCUAAGGUUAUGGUGAGCCUCUCAGCGUCUCAUCUCCUAAAGAGGCCUGCGUUUUAAAGAGGAGACCCAUGCUGAUAAAUGCCAGGCCUCGCCACACACUCUGUCGUCUGCACAAAUACAAAUGCCUGCCUGCCCGUGGGGGAGGUCUGAUUAAAGAUAUCCACAUUUCAUCCACUGGGCUGUGUCCCCCGUCCCAGCGGCCACCAUGUUUUGGAAGUUCGACCUACACACCACCUCCCACAUCGACCAGCUGCUGGACAGGGAGGACGUGACGCUGAGGGAGCUGAUGGAGGAGGACGACGUGCUGCAGGAGUGCAAGGCCCAGAACCGCCGGCUACUGCUCUUCCUCUCCCAGGACCACUGCAUGCAGGAGCUGGUCAGCCUCAUCACCACGGAGCCGCCUGCGGACCUGGAGGAGAGGAGCCGCUUUAAGUUUCCCAACAUUGCGUGCGAGCUCCUGACAUCAGACGUGUCCAUUAUAAACGAUAAACUGGGCGCGGAAGAGUCUCUCCUCGAGAUGCUGUACCACUUUCUUGAGCAGGACCCGCCCCUCAACCCUCUACUGGCCAGUUUCUUCAGCAAAACCAUCGGCAAUCUCAUCGCCAGGAAGACUGAACAGGUGAUCACCUUCCUAAAGAAAAAGGAAGGUUUCAUUGGUCUGGUGCUGAAACAUAUAGAUGCCUCUGCCAUGAUGGACCUGCUGCUUCGCCUCAUCAGUUGUGUGGAGCCUGCCCCCUUGAGGCAGGAGGUCCUCCAUUGGCUGAAUGAGGAGAAGCUGGUUCAGAGACUCACAGAGCUCAUCCAUACCGGCAAAGAUGAGGAGAGACAAUCAAACGCGUCCCAAACGCUUUGUGACAUCAUCCGCCUUAGUCGAGACCAGGCCAAUCAGAUGCAGGAGAAUGCGGAGGUCGACCCACUAUUGGCUGUGCUAGAGUCGCAGGAGAGUGUAGCAGGACUCCUCAAGAACAUGUUUGAGGGGGAGAGAAGCGAGGCCUCCAUCGUUAACGGAACUCAAGUGCUACUUACCUUACUGGAGACCAGGAGGUCUGGGUUGGAAGGGCUGAUGGAUCUGUAUUCUCAGGGUUAUGAAAGGUCUUACACUGUCAGCAGCAGUAUUUUAAAUGCCAUUGAGCCCCAUUUAAAGGACUUCCAGCAGCUUCUUCUGGAUCCCCCCAAGAAAAGUGCAAUAUUGACGACCGUCGGCGUUCUCGAGCAGCCACUGGGGAACGCCCGCCUUCACGUGGCCCGGCUGGUGGCCGCCCUGCUGCAGACCAAUGCCCCCACAAUCUGCCAGGAGCUCUGCAAUCUUGCCACCAUGGACCUACUACUGGAUCUGUUCUUCAAAUACUCCUGGAAUAACUUUUUGCACUUCCAAGUGGAGCUGUGCGUGGCGGCUAUCCUGAACCACCCUUCCUCAGAGGAGCGGCCCAGCCCAGGCCUCCAGAACCACGACGGGAAGCCUGCAGCAACAUCGGCCGCCGAGGCACAGGGGGGGGAGGCAGUGGAGACAGGCGGGACCAGUGAACCACAGACCUCCAUUCAUAAUGCCCUUGUGGCACAUCUCUUCCAGAAGUGUCGAUUGGUACAAAAGAUCCUUGAUGCCUGGGAGGAAAAUGAUAAAAUACAGGCUGAGGGCGGCACCAGAAGAGGCAACAUGGGUCAUCUGACCAGAAUUUCCAACAUGGUGGUCCAGAACCUGGAGAAAGGACCAGUACAGGCUCAGAUCACUGAUCUCAUCAAAGAGCUGCCAGAGGACUGCAGAGGCCGCUGGGAGAGCUUCGUGGACGAGACCCUGAGAGAGACUAACAGGAGGAACACGGUAGAGCUGGUCAGCACCCACAACAUGCACUCAUCCAGCGAGGACGACGAUAUGGAGAGCCCCUUCCCCAACGAUCUGUCGCUCCAACAGGCCUUCUCUGACUAUCAGAUCCAACAGAUGACCGCCAACUUUGUGGAUCAGUUUGGGUUCAACGACGAGGAGUUCAGCGAGCAUGAUGAAAAUAUCAAUGCCACAUUUGACAGAAUUGCCGAAAUAAACUUCAAUCUAGAUGCUGAUGAUAAUAGUGCCAACGCGGCUGCUUUUGAAGCCUGCUGUAAAGAGAGGAUACGCCAGUUUGACGAUGCUGAAGAAGAAGAGGACAUUUGGGAGGACAAAGAGAUAAACUAUGCAACACAAGCUAAAUCCAGAACAAGGUUUGGGGUGUCUCAAACCUCCGAGGGAAGCUCCAGGAGCAGCAUGGAGAACGGAGGCAGGGAGCGAGACCGCGGAUCUGAGUCUGAUGAGGAUGAGGACUCUGAGCAGAACACGUCAGAAUCAGGUCCUGGCUGGACAGCGAAUUUCAGGGACUCUGGAGGGAACGCAGCAUCCCAAACCCCGGCAUCAUGGGACACCUCAUCUGGAGGAGGAACAGGCACACAGGAAACAGGCUGGGCCAACUUCACUGAGUUCCAGCCUUUCUCUGGUACAGAGACUGAACCCAGGUGCAGCUCUCCUGUGGACUCGGGCAGCAGCGACACAGAAAAACAAGCCAAACAAAACCACGAGAAGAGCGAUGUUAGUGCCUCCCCCGAUGCUCCUCCGGCAGGAGAUGGGAGGAAAGCUCCUCUCGUGGCCUCAGACAGCAGCUCCUCCGGGGGAUCCGACAGCGAGGAGGACGACAAAAACGCCGGGAAGGCUCCUCCCGCCGCAGCCGUCACCUCGGAAACGGCCGGUGCCCCCGGCAACAAGACAGCUGACCUCAAUAGCGAGGAGAGUCCGGUGUCUCUGGAGAAACUCACUCUGUCAGAUCCUCCUCAAGCGUCAGAACAGCAGCCAUCCGAGGACUCACCAGUAACCACACAGACUGACAGGAAAGAGCAAACGCCCCCGCCACAGGAAGUGUCCGUCAACGGGCCGGUCUGAGCGCGAGCCGCCGGCGAAACCCAACCAGUUGGACGGCGAGGGGCGGGACUGUCAGCCUCCUCCCAGAGUGACUCUCCCUUAAACAACCUCACUGCGACUAUACGGUGUUUUUAUUGAAUCACUCUGCCAUGUUAUUGGACCCCGGACACUGCCAAUCAACACCAAUAAUGAGGUGACGGAACAUGUAAUAAAAACAACAACAACAACAAAAACAAAAACACACACAGAAAUAUGGGGAAAAAGAAAAAAAACCAACAGACAGGAUGGAGUGUAGAGGAAUCAUCUUCAAAGCCCCCCUCCCCACCCCCACCCAAUGUUGCACAUAAUUAACGUGCGGUUUUAAAUGUAGCAGCGAUCUUUUUGAAAAACGACAGAAUCCGAGGGGUAACAUCAUCAUCAUGGUUUUUUGUUUUGUUUUGUUUUUUUAAAUGUCCUGAAAGAUUUUUUCUCUCCUACUCGUCGAAAAAGCUGUUGGAACCCGAUUGUUAGGGAUUUUACACCGUCACCCCUGAACGGAUAGCACAGGCUAAUUUUUAAACGAUGCCUCAACAAUGAUUUUUUUUUUUUUUUAAUCCGUUUUUUUUUUUUUUUUUUUUUUUUUUUUUUCAAGCUUAAGAAAAAGCACUUAUGCAGCCAUUUACUGUACAUUAUAGCACAAUGUAAGUGUUCUACCCUCAUCUCUGCUGGCUGUCUUAUCUGUCCUCUCAUCACCCAGAUCAAGGUUUUUAUCAUUAUUCCCGUUCUUUUUUUUUUUCUCCUCCGUUUUUUUGUUUUGUUUUCCGUUGUUUUUUUUUUUGUUUUGGUUGCUGUUGCUGAAACAUCUCUUGUUGUCCAACAUCACCAGGUUUGUCUUGAAUGUUUUGAAGUGCUUCAGGAGGGUCUGUCGAGGAGGAGGAGGAGGCGGGUCGAUGAACAGAGCUCUAAUAGUAUUACUGUCUUUUGCUCAUGUGCAAUAAUGUCAAUUAGCCAUUUUAUUUAAAAUGAAAUUCAACAUAUUUCUUUUUAAAAAGAAUCAAUCUAGUGUCAGAGACUCAUUGGGUGUAGUUUUGGGCAAACAAAUUUGGAUAUAAUCUCAAUUUGAGAUUUCAGAUUUUUUAAAAUCUAUUGUCUUUUUUUUUUUCCUUCUUUUUAGUGCAUGUAUAACCGGUUCUCUGUUGACCUAGCUAGUGAGCUAAGACCUUCUGAUUGUAUUGACCUUUAAGUUCUUAUUGCUAUCCCCCUUGAAUCAACCAAACAUUAUCUACCUAUAUACAAAUAUUAUCUACAUUUAAAAGUAAUUUUACAAGCAAUCUUGAGAUUACUAUUGUUGUCUGUUCCUCUUUUUUUUCUCUCUCUCUCAUUCUUUCUUUCCACCAAGCACUUACUCACAAGGCGAGAGUGGCAUCUGGUAAGAGUGACGCUGUAUUAUAAUUUUUUUUUGUUAGGUUUUUUUUUUUUUUUAAGUUUUAAUUUUAUUUCUCUCUCUGAGCAGCAGGAUUGGAAAGAGGGCAGGUUCUGGGUUCUGCAGAAAUCCAGGCCGUCUUUUUUUUUUUUUUUGGUGUACUUACUUAAAUCAUUUUGACAGCGAUCAGGUUCUACGAUCAUUGUUCAAAAAAGGAAAAAAAAGAAAAAAAAAAGAAAAAAAUUGAAAUUAAAAGUGUCUGGUUGACCACAUUAAUACCAAAAGCUUUGCUGUGCCCGUCUGGUUGUUGUCUUUCCAACUCU